AUGGCCGACGAACUCGUCCUGGCUGCGGCGUCGGACGACAUCCGGCAUGCGCUCGAGGCGAUGGAAGACGAUGCAGUCAUGGACAUCCUCGCGCAGCCCGAGUCGAUGGACCUCGUCGAGGCUUGGAUGACCAAGGUACAAGCUGGUGCCGACCCCGACGCCGCACGAGGGAACGACGACGAUGUGCUCGAAUGCGUCAUGGACACGCACGUCAAGCGCAACCUGAAGACGGCGCUGUCUGCAGCGACCGUCGACUUGGCCUGGCUCCGCCCCAAGGACCCGCUCUUUGCCCGGCAGCUCUUGUCGCGGAGCCAAGGGGCGGGCGACACCGAGUCGCUUGCCAGCGGACCGCACGUCUGGUUCAUUAAGCGUGCGCUGGAACUCAUCGACGUCGUCCGCGUGCUGCUCAAGGUUCCUUCCAGCGUGACUGUCGAGACGCACGAGGAAAAGUCCUUCCAAGCGCUGGAUCUCGUGCUGCAGCUCACGCACUGGCUUUGGGCGCUCAACCCAACGAAGCUCUCGACGCUGAUUCACGGGGACAUUUUGGAGCUCACGUCCGAGCUGCUCUUGGCCACGUGCUCGGCACACAAUGCGAGUCAUAUCGAAGCGUGGUGCCGCCGCCUCUUGGCCGCGAUCGAGACCAACGUGCAUCGCCACGAAACAAGCAAGAUUCGGCGUCUCGUGACUGACGUCCAGGACCUCCUCGUGCACGUCAAGCAAGAUACGACGCCGUUCCAUGCCGCCCUGCACGUCCCCCGCAUCAGCGCGCCCGUGCUGCAGGCGCUUGAUAUGGGGAUCUUGGCACACUACAACGAAACGCGCGUCGACGCCAACGACGAAGCUCUGCGCCGGCGGGUGGUCGACGACCUCCAGAAAGUCGUCAAGAGCUCGUUCGACCGCAAGUGUGGUCUGCACCUCUACGGCAGCUCGCUCUCGCUCUUUGGCUCCAAGGGCUGCGACAUUGACAUCACGGCUGUCCGCCGGACGCCGAAUUCGCCCGCAGCGCACAGCGGCAUUGGUGCCGCCCGCCGCCAGCAUGACGACGCUCUCAAGGCCAUGGGACUCGCUGCGCGGUGCGCUGAGGCACUUGACCAGAUCAAGGGGGAUGCAGCAAAGGCGCUUGCGGCGUACACGAAAAUCAAGUCGCGCUGCCCCGCAGACAUGGCCAAGACCCCUGCCAAGAUCGCGAACCAACUGCAGCAAGCCCACGUGUUUCUUCGUGCCGCAAACAGUCUUGUGACGAUGACGGAGCUCAUGCUGCCGUCCAAGUCCUCGCCCGCGUCGCCGUCGCUCGCGGCGACCAAGAAGCAAAUCCAUCUUGCGAUCCAAGACGCCGAUAUCCAGCGCAAAGCCAUGUACCGGCUCUCCGGAGCGCUGCAGAGAGGUGGGUGUACGGUCGAGCAACUCAUCCUUGGCGCCCGCGUGCCCAUCAUCAAAUUUCUCCACACUGGGAGCGGUUUGGAGGGUGACAUUUGCAUGGGCAACUUGCUCCCGACCAAGAACACGCUGCUGCUUCGCACGUACGGCGAGUACGACCCUCGCGUCCGUCCGCUGGUUUUGGCCGUCAAGCAUUGGGCAAAAGCUCGCCGCAUCAACGAUGCCUCGAUGGGCACUUUGAGCUCGUACUCGUAUGUGCUUUUGGUGAUCCACGUUCUGCAGGAGGCCGGCGUGUUGCCCAACCUCCAAGACCCUGGUCUGCUCCAGAAGCUCGGAGUGCCUUCCGAGGAACUCAACGGCUGCAACGUGGCCUUUUGCCAGAACGUUGCGCGCGUCAAGGCAGUGGUCUCGCUUCCCGACACGCAGAGCCUCUCUGUGGCGUCGCUCCUCGUUCGCUUCUUCCUGUACCUCAAGCACUUUGACUGGUACGGCCGCAGCGUCGCGAUCCACCGGUCCGAGCUGCUCACCAAGCAAGAGCGGUGGGGCGCCAAGCGCAAGGCGUGGCGCAUGAGCAUCGAAGACCCGUUCGAGCUUGACCGCGACCUCGGCGUCGUGCUGCAGCUCGGCGGUCAGCAGAAAAUCCUCGAAGAAGUUGACCGCGCUGUGCGCCUCAUCGUGGGCGAAGACGCGACGUUCGAGACGCUCACGGCCGUUUUGCCCAAGCCGCUUACGAAGAAGGAAAAGAAGGACGUCGACAAGGCGACGCGCCAAGAGAAGCGCAAGCCGAAGAAGAAAGCCGACAACACCGACAAGUUGGCAAGCAAAACGACGGACGAAGCCAAGCAGCACGAGACGCCCGAUGGGACCAAGACCGCCAAAGGACCCAAAAACGCCAAAAAAGCCAAGAGUACCGAGCCCAUGGCUGCUACGAACGACGAGGCGGUCACAACGGCAGCUGAAAAGCCCUUGUCGGCCAAGAAACCAAGAAAAGCCAAGGUCACUCGGAAGGCAACCAGUGACGACUCGAAGCCACCCAGAGAGUCGGAAGCGCCGACACCGCCGGUCGGAGCGAGAGAACGCCACGAAGGCGUGGACACUGCGCCGCCACCUGCGCCGAGCGAUAGCGCAAAGUCCAAGACUCGCUCCCGCCGUGGCAAGAAGAAGUCCAAGACGGGAGACGUCGCGCCGACAGCCACCUCGUAA